AUGGAUGUUAUAACGAGACAACAGUGGGGCGCGCUAGAACCGUUUAAUGAUGCGGCUGAUCAGCAAGAUCUGCGACGUGAAUGGGAAGAAUGGCGAAGAUCGUUCGAGCUGUUUUUGGAGCUGAAACAUGUUGAGUCGCAGCAUGAGAAGCUACUUCUUUUGCUUUCGCAAGGAGGCAGGGGAUUGCAAAGGAUUUACUAUAAUCUCGGUCCAUCUGCUGACGAAUACUAUCCCGAACCAGUUAAAGUGCCGCUCAUGCCACCAGAGGUACCAGAGUACGAUAACGCUAUAAAGCGGCUGAACAAAUUUUUUAUCGGGAAAAGGAACGAUAGAAUUGAAUUGGAAGUAUUCCGUUCAUUGAAACAACGUAGUGAUGAACCUUUCAAUCAGUUCGUCCUGAGGUUGAGGGCACAAGCAGUACGAUGUGAUUUUCUUGAACGGGAGGAUCGAGAAAUGCUUCAACAAAUCACAAUGGGAGCAUACGACGAGCGUGUGAGAGACAAAGGACUGGAAAGUACAAUGGACCUGGAUGCAUUAACAAAUUAUGCUAUCAAUCGUGAGAUUUUGCUGAAACAAAAAGAGAGAGUCAAAGGGCAAAGCGAAACAGCUGUGGCAAUGGUAGAAGAAAAAACGAAUGGCACAAUCAUUUGUAUGAUUGACAAAUUCCCCGUCAACUUCCUUAUUGAUUCUGGUUCAGCAAUAAAUACUGUGACUGAAAAGGUAUGGAACAUCCUAGUUACCGGAGGGGCAGCGAUUUUCAAGAGAAAAUUCCAAUGUGAUCGACGAUUCAUUCCAUAUGCUACACAAACUCCUUUGAACGUAGUGGCAGUUUUCGAAGCAUGGAUCACGGUCAAUGAUACGAAACCGAAAUGCUACGCAGAAUUUUUCGUCGUUGAAGGUGCCAACAAAUCCUUGCUCAGCAAAUCCACUGCAGAGUUUCUGAAAGUACUUAAAGUUGGGUUGGAUGUUCAGAACAUCGAAAUGGAAAAGGAUCCAUUUCCGAAAUUUCCAAACGUUCAGGUAAAGCUUUCGAUUGACAACUCCGUACCUCCUAGGAAGAUAGUAUAUCUGCGGAUACCGGAACCAAUGAAGAAAAAGGUUGACGAGAAAAUUCUUGAAAUGUUACGCACGGACGUAAUUGAGCCAGCACAGGGACCAGCGGAAUGGAUAUCUCCUAUGGUUGUCGUACCAAAAGGGAAGGAUGAUAUUCGCCUUUGCAUAAACAUGCGGUAUCCGAAUCAAGCUAUCCACCGGGAGCAUUAUCCCCUUCCAGUUAUUGAGACAUUGUUGAACAAGUUGCGAGGAACAACCUAUUUUUCAAAGUUAGAUAUUACUUCAGCAUAUCAUCACAUCGAGCUGCAUCCAGACUCUCGCAGCAUAACUACUUUUAUGACGGAAAGAGGAUUGAUGCGUUUCAAACGAAUGAUGUUCGGCAUCAACUGUGCACCUGAAAUAUUCCAACGAAUAAUGACGGAAAUGCUAGCUGGAGUAGAUGGUGUCAUUGUCUAUAUUGAUGACAUCGUUAUUGCUGCGAGGACACUUGAGGAGCACGAUCAGAGACUCAAACAAGUUUUGUUGAUACUGCGUCAAAAUAAUGCAAAACUAAACGAAGGGAAAUGUCUCUUCCGAGUGAGGGAGCUUGAGAUUCUGGGUUUUAAAGUCAGUGCCGCAGGUAUAAGCCCUUCAGACGAAAAAGUAGCAGCAAUAAAAAACUUCAGAACCCCAACGAAUAAAGAGGAGGUUCGAAGUUUCCUGGGACUUGUUAAUUUUGUUGGCCACUUUAUCCCACGUUUGUCAACGAGAUCUGAACCACUUCGACAGUACCUUCGUGGAGACGUUCUUGAUUUUGGAAACGAACAGAAAGAAGCCUUCGACGAUUUACGGAACGAACUAUCCAACGGUGUGCGUAGACUUGGUUAUUUUGAUCCAAAGGAUGUCACGGAACUAUACAUUGAUGCUUCUCCGGUGGGCUUAGGAGCAGUUCUUGUACAGCGUGAUCCAUCAAGCACUCCAAGAAUCAUUUGUUUUGCUUCUAAGGGAUUAACUCCAACAGAACGUGUUUACCCUCAAACACAGCGUGAAGCCCUUGCUGUAGUUUGGGCAGUUGAAAAAUUAUAUUUUUAUUUAUUUGGUUUGCACUUCACGAUCUUCACCGACCACAAGACCUUGGAGUAUAUCUUUGGAGGUAAGCAUCAAGAUGGACGUCGAGCAACUACCAGAGCAGAAGGAUGGGCGCUACGACUUCAACCGUAUGACUUCGAGAUAAAGUACAUAUCGGGCACAUCCAAUAUUUCGGAUAUAUUGUCACGGUUGAAUUCAAAUUCUGAUCCGCCCUUUGACGACAAUGCAGAGCACUAUCUUUGUUCAAUUGGCGAAGAACCAUCUGCUAUCACUCUAGAUGACAUCAGGAACGAAAUGGUGAAAGAUGAAAUACUAAUUGCUGUUACUAAAGCAUUGCAGUCCGGUGAUUGGCCGCAACACCUCAUUCGGUAUGAAUCAUUCGCGAAGGAAUUAGGUGUAAUCAAUGGAAUCUUAGUACGGGAUGAACGAAUCAUUUUGCCGACUAGUUUGAGACCAAAAGCGUUAGAUAUUAUUCACCGUGGUCACCCUGGAGUUGUCACUAUGCGGAGAGCACUUCGAGAAAAAGUUUGGUGGCCUGGCAUGGAUGACGACGUGACUGGCAAAAUUCAAGAAUGUGCAGGUUGUAUUGCUGUCAGCGUUGUGGGACCGCCGGAACCAAUUCAGAGAAAAGAAAUGCCUGAUCGUGCGUGGCAGGAGAUCGCUAUCGAUUUUUUCUCGGCAAAGGAGUGUGCAACCUUCCUCAUUGUAGUUGAUUAUUAUAGUAGGUUCAUAAGAGUAAUUGAAAUGAAAACUACUACAGCAGCCAAAACAAUUGAGGCUUUGGAAAGCAUUUUCGCAGAACACACGUAUCCUGAAACGAUUCGCAGUGACAACGGUCCACCGUUCUCCAGUGAAGUGUUCGCAAGCUAUUGCUCUAGUAAGAAUAUUAGAUUGAUCAGGACUAUUCCGUAUUGGCCUCAAAUGAAUGGGCUUGUUGAGCGCCAAAACCAGGGCAUUCUGCGGACGCUAAGAAUAGCAAGAGCAACCAAAUCUGACUGGAGAAAGGCAAUUAAAGAGUAUGUUUACAUGUACAACACGACACCCCACUCUGUGACCAGAAAAGCGCCCAUGGAGUUGUUAACUGGACGACCAGUAAAAGACCUGUUACCAUCAUUGAGAACUGAUCCGCAUUGGCAUCGGGAAGAAGGAGUACGGGAGAGAGAUACAAUCGAGAAACUGAAAGGAAAGAAGUAUGCGGACCAGCGGCGACACGCAAGGACCUCAGAAAUAGAGGAGGGAGAUGAUGUCGUUCUUAAGAAUAAUGAACACGGCAAGCUUGAACCAAAAUUUAAACUGGAUAGGUUUAAAGUCAUCAGUCGAUCAGGUAAUGACACAGUUGUUAAGAAUAAAGAAGGAGUAACAUUACGAAGAUGUGUCACUCAUCUAAAGAAAUGGACUGGAUUAGAUAAGACUGUUGACAACGAACUAGAAUCAGAUUCUCCGCCAGAUUUAGAACAACCUCACAGUUCUGAGGAAUUAACCCCAUCACAACCGUUACAAUCAGACUCAUUGUCACACUCAUCAUUACCAUCAUCAUUACGGUCGUCAAAGCAAACAGAAGGAAGACAAUCUGAUAGGCAACAUCAUUGUCUGAAGCGAACCAGAGAAACAUCUACGGAAUCGUCUACAAAACGUCCUGAUCGCAAUAGAAAAGUUCCAAGUCGAUAUGUACAAAAUGUUUCUGAUUCCAGGUUAUAUUCGGAGUAG